AUGCCUGCAGUACCGUGCAUGUACGAAUGCCUGCAGUACCGUGCAGGUGUUGGUACCCUAGACGCCACAGUGGCCCAGUCCUACCUGCUCAACGUCACGUGCUCCGACAACAAAGAGGCCCCAGCCUAUGAGAUCAUCGAAAUCAAGGUCAUACCCAACGAGCCGCCAUACUUUGACCCAGACUUUCUGUUCGUUGCCAACACCAUCGAUGCGUCAGUGACGUCAGGCAGUGUGCUCUAUGACGUCGACGUCAAGGACGCAGAAAAUGACGACAUCAAGUACACACUCAAAGUCAAACCCACGUCAUCGUCAAGUAAUUAUGCAAUCAACCAAUUUACCGGAGAGAUCCGAGCACUGAUCGACAUGAAGCAGGAGUGUCGGAAUGACGUCACGUUUGAGGUGACCAUCAACGACGGCAAAAACACGGUGGGGCCACUGGUCAUUGACAACGUCAUCACCAAUGCCAACACCGCCCCUGUGGCCACCAACCUUGACAGAACCAUCCAGAUCCCAGAAGACGCCACUGGCACCGCAUACCGGAUGUUUAUCCAGGACGGCAACGCCGCCGACAAGGUCACGUACACCUACAUAGCCAGUAAUGCGGCGGGUGUCAAGCAGUUUAAUCUGGAUGGAACAAACCCUAACAUCGACAUCAAAACGGCCUUGGACUACGAAGCAGUCAGUCUACGACAGACAGAUCUUGUGAUUCAGGCAACGGAUGGGUACUGCACGUCACCUCAGUACAACCUCCGUCUAAAGGUAACUGAUGUCAACGAGAAGCCCACAAUCUCACCUGUGAUUUCUAGGAUCCAGCUGUGUGAAGGGCAGCAAGAGUUCGAUCCCGGCUACGUGUUGAGCGAUCCCGACACUAUCGAUACCCACCGCUGGACCCUGAGCUCUAAGAUGGCCAACCCCAACGGCCGGUUUGGUAUCGAUCCUAACACGGGAACCCUCAAAACUUUGAUGGACUACGAUGUUGAUAAAGUGGGGAAGAUGACUGCUACAGUCACAUACAUUGUACAGCAAAACAAAUUUCCUGUAACCCACAUAUACCAUGUUAUGACCAUAGCAUCAUACUUAGACAUUCCGUAUGGUCUUUUUUAUACCUGUAACAUCCGGUCAGGAGGUCACACUGUAUUCUCACAGGUUGAAGACAAAGGUGGACUCACAGCCACAGCAUCAGUUGUGGUGACCUUCCUAGACUGUAACGACAACGCCCCUGUGUUUGUUCAGCCCGCCUACGGUCGCUCGGCCACGGACUGCACACCCGCAGGCACCGCCCUCGCUGGCAUCUCGGCCACAGACGACGACUCGUCCAGGGAACAGAACAACGUCAUCUACUACGUAGGCUCUGGGGGGAGUGUCAGUGUGGGUACGGGCGGGGAGAUCAUCGUCAACCAGGCCCUCCCCGCGGGCAGUGUCGUCACCUUCAACGCCUACGCCUACGACAAGGGUCAGACUCCGGGGCCUCUCAGGAGCGCCAACCCGGCGGUUAUAAGUGUUAGGUUUACGCCGUGUCCCACGACAACCCCACCCGUCACUGCAGCGCCAACCCAGGCCCCGGUUGUGACAACCACGAAAGCCAUAGCAACCACAGUCCUGGUCCAGAAGAAAGAUGACUCGAACCUACCUUGGAUUAUCAUAGCGGCACUGCUGGGUACCUUCAUGCUAGGCCUGUUGAUCUACAUGUUGUGGAGGUAUGGAAGUCUGUGUCUUAACGCUUGCGGGAAGAUCAACUGUCGGCAGAGGUGCUGUAGGCCCAGGAUGGAGAGAAUUAGGACACCCCCCAAGAUUGAAAGACGACCACCCAUGCAGAAAGAAUACCAGCCGCCCACUCAACCAGUGCGCGAACCAGACCCCAUUGGCCCAGGAUUUUUAUUUGGCUUCUGGAAAGAACGGUAUCCUGACGACGAUUUCAAGACCCAACCGGACAGGAAGCGUCCACCCACCCCCGGGGACAUGGAGCAGCACUACCCCCACACCGUCGACCCAGUCGAGGACCCCCUCACUGAGGCUGAGGCGGCGCCCCACCCCAAGAAGAAACAGAGGUGUAGCGUCAUGUAAAACGGAGUCGGCAUUAACAUUCUCGUGUGGAGGGUCGUCUAGUGCACUAGUUAUUGUAGUGCACUGGUUCGUCUGGUGCUUUAGGUCAUCUGGUGCACUAGGUCGUCAUAUUAUGCACUGGGGCGUCUGGUGCACUGUGUCGUCUGGUGCACUGUAUCGUCUGGUGCACUUGGUUAUAUUGUGCACUGGGUCGUUUAGUGCACUGGGUCAUCUGGUUUACUCCUGUUUAUACGUUGAUAGCCCUCCACCCACUAUUACAUCCCCCACACCGACCAUGUGUAACAAAUGAUUAUCUAAUAUAUGAGAAUUUAACGUGAUAUUUGUGUUAUUUUGAAUGAAAUGGGCUUGUUACGAAAUUACUCUUUAGUUACAGGAAUUUUUUUCUUAACAUCCAAUAUG